GCAGGCGCGGUGCCGUCGGGCGGGGCGGUUCCGGGUGCGGCUGCGGCAGCGGGGAUCGGAUCGCAGCGGCCAUGGCGGCGGCGACAGCGGCGGCCCCGGGGGGGCCCGGCCCGGUGCCGGGGGCGCCCAAGCUGGGGGUGGAGUCGGUGAAGGGGCAGGUGUUCGACGUGGGGCCGCGCUACACGGACCUGCAGUACAUCGGGGAGGGGGCGUACGGCAUGGUCUGCUCGGCCUACGACCACGUGAGCAAGAUCCGGGCGGCCAUCAAGAAGAUCAGCCCGUUCGAGCACCAGACCUACUGCCAGCGCACGCUGCGCGAGAUCAAAAUCCUGCUGCGCUUCCGCCACGAGAACAUCAUCGGCAUCAACGACAUCCUGCGCGCCGCCGCGCUGGAGCACAUGCGGGACGUGUACAUCGUGCAGGACCUGAUGGAGACCGACCUGUACAAGCUGCUGAAGACACAGCAGCUGAGCAACGACCACAUCUGCUACUUCCUGUACCAGAUUCUCCGCGGCCUCAAGUACAUCCACUCGGCCAACGUGCUGCACCGCGACCUCAAGCCCAGCAACCUGCUUAUCAACACCACCUGCGAUCUCAAGAUCUGUGACUUUGGUCUGGCCCGCAUUGCCGACCCGGAGCACGACCACACCGGCUUCCUGACAGAGUACGUGGCCACCCGCUGGUACCGCGCCCCCGAGAUCAUGCUCAACUCCAAGGGCUACACCAAAUCCAUCGACAUCUGGUCGGUGGGCUGCAUCCUGGCGGAGAUGCUCUCCAACCGGCCCAUCUUCCCCGGCAAGCACUACCUGGACCAGCUCAACCACAUCCUCGGGAUCCUGGGGUCCCCCUCGCAGGAUGACCUAAACUGCAUCAUCAACAUGAAGGCGCGGAAUUACCUGCAGUCGCUGCCCCAGAAGGCCAAGGUGCCCUGGCCCAAGCUGUUCCCCAAGGCCGACCCCAAAGCCCUCGACCUGCUGGACAAGAUGUUGACCUUUAACCCCAACAAGCGCAUCACUGUGGAGGAGUCGCUGGCUCACCCCUACCUGGAGCAGUACUACGACCCCUCGGACGAGCCGGUGGCCGAAGAGCCCUUCACUUUUGACAUGGAGCUGGACGACCUGCCCAAAGAGAAGCUGAAGGAGCUGAUCUUCGAGGAGACAGCGCGGUUCCAGCCGGGCUACCAGGGGCCGUGAGCGCUGGUCCGUCACGCUCCAGCCUAGACCUGCCUCCCUCUGAGAAGGUUUUGACCUGGCCCCUGCGCCCGGAGCGCCCCUCGGACUCUGAUUUGGGGGGCUGGGGGGCCCCGCCCGAGGGGGCCAGCCCUGCCAUCGUGCUGUAUAACUGCUUCGCAAUGUGGCUGUGACUCCUAAACCCCCCCAGGCUGUGCCUCUGGGGGGGGUCCGGCGGGGGGGGCCCAGUGGGGGAAUCUCUCCUGCUUCGUAUCUAAUGAGUUAACAAUUGUAAUUAGCCCCUGCCGUGCUGCUGGGAAUGUGGGGGGCGUGGGGGGGCCGGGGUACUCCCUUAGGAGUUCCUAUUGCCUCCCAGUUCCUGUCUGUCUCAUGGGGGGGGUUAGUGCCUGCCCUGCUAACAUGUGAGGGGUCCAGCCCCCUCCCCUGCCUGCCCUGCCUGCUCUAGUCUGGCAGGGAGGGGGGAGGAUUUCUACUGCCCCCCCCCUGGGGGGGGGCCUGGGUGUGAAUUGAUGAGCCAGGGUUGGCGGCUCCCCC